AGACCCGCCUCUGGGCACGGCUGAUGAGCAAGUGGGCGUGGCGGGGAGGUGUCGCACAUGCGCAGUGUGACCGCGGCCUGACAGCUGUGCCGGCAACAUGCAGAAGUACGAGAAGCUGGAGAAGAUCGGAGAGGGUACCUAUGGAACUGUGUUUAAAGCUAAAAACCGCGAGACCCAUGAGAUUGUGGCUCUGAAGCGCGUGCGACUGGAUGACGAUGAUGAGGGCGUUCCCAGCUCCGCUCUCCGGGAGAUCUGCUUACUGAAAGAGCUGAAACACAAGAACAUCGUUAGGUUACAUGACGUUCUGCACAGUGACAAGAAGCUGACGCUCGUGUUUGAGUACUGCGAUCAGGACCUGAAGAAGUACUUUGACAGCUGUAAUGGGGACUUGGACCCAGAGAUUGUUAAGUCCUUUAUGUACCAGCUGCUGAAAGGUCUGGCCUUCUGCCACAGCCGCAACGUCCUGCACCGAGACCUCAAGCCACAGAAUCUGCUCAUCAACAGGAACGGGGAGUUGAAGCUUGCGGACUUCGGCCUCGCCAGAGCAUUCGGUAUCCCGGUACGCUGUUACUCCGCAGAGGUGGUGACGCUGUGGUAUCGCCCGCCUGAUGUACUAUUUGGUGCCAAACUUUACUCCACUUCCAUAGACAUGUGGUCAGCUGGCUGCAUCUUUGCAGAGCUGGCCAAUGCCGGGAGGCCGCUGUUCCCCGGUAAUGAUGUAGACGACCAACUGAAGCGGAUCUUCCGAUUGCUUGGGACGCCAACAGAAGAGCAGUGGCCAGCUAUGACAAAGUUACCAGACUAUAAGCCGUACCCUAUGUAUCCCGCUACCACGUCUCUGGUGAACGUUGUGCCCAAGCUGAACGCCACCGGCCGGGAUCUGCUACAGAACUUAUUGAAGUGUAACCCAGUGCAGAGGAUUUCAGCAGAAGAGGCGUUGCAGCACCCAUACUUUGCGGACUUCUGCCCCCCAUAAAUCGCUCUAAAAUAUAAAUCCUGAACCCCCCUGCCCACAUGCUCUUUUCCCAUCAUGCCCUUUUCCCAUCAUGCCCAUUCCGCAUAGUUCCAUCACCCACCUCUACUCCCAGAUGUCCGUCCUCGUACAGUAUUAGAGCGGGACUGCAUUUACUACCUGGUGCUGGCUUAGCUUCUCCGUACCCAAUAGUAUGACUCAAUACAUUCCACGCUGCAAGAGUAGCUGCCACUGAAGCAGAGGGUCCUUGGUGGGGGUAGAGCCUGCCACGGAAUCUGGGUUCUCUACAUCAGUGGAGCCUACCAAGGACUUGAGGACCUCUAUACGUGUGGUUACAUACCAUGGACUGAGAGGGGGUGGAGCCUGCCACUGACUGACUACCUCUAUGUGGGUGGAGCCUGCUAUAGCCUGAAGACCUCUGUAGGUGGAACCUGCCACGGACUAAGUCCUUCUGUGAAGGUGAAGCCUGCCACUAAUUGUGGACCUCUGUGGUGGAACCUGCUGUAGACCUCUGUGGGUGGAGCCUGCCACUGACUGAGGGUCUCUGUGUGGGUGGACUUUGCCACAGACUGAGUACAUUUGUGGGUGGAGCAUGCCAUGGACUGAGGAUCUCUGUGUGGGAGGAGCCUGCAACAGAAUCAGGACCUUUGUAGGUGGAGCUUACCAGCGAUGCGAGCAAGAUCAACCAUUCCACUGCUACAAACUUCCAGUUGUUCAGCCUUACUGCAAGAGAAUGACCCCUCGCCCUCCCCACCGAAUUCCCUCCCUAUAAUUUAUUUGGAAAUCAUCUGUAACCUGAACUCAUUAUAUCUCCAUCAUGCUAUUGUAUAUUUUAAUAUGUAUUAUUUUUUUUUAGAUGGUUUGAGUGUAUUGUUUCUUUACCUCUGUAAAUGUAUGUCCCAUAUCAUGAGAAAUUCAGUUUA